CUCGCAGAAGAGGCACAGCUCCGCCCUCCAGAAGCUGCUGGGACGACUGUACCACAUCGAAGUGGACGCAGACGCGGUGGCCAAGCAUCGAAGAGGGCGGCGGGCCCCCGCAGGCCCACGCGGGCGAGGUGGGGGCCCUCACGAAGCUCGGCGCGGACAAGGCCAAGCACGAGGUCACGAUCAGCGGGGACGCAGCGUCGGGGCAUGAGCCCACCGUCGUCAAGGUCAAGGGGGCCGACUCGGUCGCACCCCCCAUGGCCCCGCCGAACGCCGCCCUCGCCGUUGGCACGCUGGCGGUGCUGCGCGGGCUCCGCGGCCACGCGGAGUUGAACGGCUGCCUCGUGCGCGUCGUGGAGUGCGAGGAGGGCGGCAGGCGCUUCGCGGUGCAGUCCUCGGAGGAGGGGCAGACCCUCCGGGUGAAGAAGGAGAACCUGCUCGCCGUGGAGGCGCAGGGCCUCCGCCUGCCGCUCAGGGACCUCGUCGUCGCGGCCGCUCCGCCGUGCGCGAGGGCGCCCAAGGCGGAGGCGCCCGCCGCCUUGGAGGGCGAGGCGCUCCUGGGCAAGGACUCCAUCCGGCAGGGCGAGGUCGUGAAGCUGCACGGUCUGAAGACGGCACAGCAGUACAACGGGCAGACGGGCACCGUCCUGAAGGUGGACCGGGCCAGGAAUCGCUACGAGGUCCAGCUCCAGGACGGCAGCGUGAAGACCGUCCGGGCGGACAACGUCACGCGCGGCCAGGUGGAGUAGAGAUCCUUUCGCGGAGUACCCAUCUCUCAGGACGCCCGAAUUGGAAUGCACAGGAAGUGCUGCUUGGGCACCGCGCCCAUGCUCCCCCUGCCCACUGCGGCCGCCCCGAGCCUCCCCCGCGCGCGCCCUCGAGCGGAGCGUGGCCCCCGGAGCGGGGCGCCGAGAGGGCCUCUGCCCAGCCCUGCGUGCCUCUCGGGGGCCGCGCUCUCCGGGCGCCUGCCGGCUCCUCCUGCUCCUCCUGCUCCUCCUCCUCCUCCUC